AUGGCACCCCUCAAGCUCAACAGCAAGAAUCUGGAACUAAUUGGGAAGGCAGGCAAGGGGCCGAUCCAAAUCCCAAACCACCGUUUCCUCCGUCGCCCCGUUAAGGAGGGAAUCGUCCAUGUUGGUGUCGGCGGCUUCCACAGAGCUCAUCUGGCUGUCUACAUCGACCGGUUGAUGGAGAAGCAUGGCGAGACCAACUACGCUAUUUGCGGUGUUGGCUUGCAACCCUUUGAUGCUACCAUGCGUGAUGUCCUGAGAGAGCAAGACCACCUCUACACCGUUAUGGAGCGCUCUGACAAAGGAAGCUUUGCCCACGUUGUUGGAUGCAUCAAUUCCUACCUCUUUGCCCCCGAUAACCGCGAAGCCGUCAUCGACAAGAUGGCCCACCCUGAUACCCGUAUUGUGUCGCUCACCAUCACCGAAAGCGGCUACUACUACAACGAAAACACACACGAGCUGAUAAGCGACCACCCCGAUAUCGAGAAUGACAUCAAACCGGGCAACGAGAGAGCCCCGUGUACCACGUUCGGUUUCCUCUACGCUGCCCUGGCACAACGCUACGCGAAAGGACAAGACCCCUUCACGGUCAUGUCGUGCGAUAAUAUGCAGAAAAACGGCUCCAUAACACGCAACAUGCUAGUGUCAUUUGCGCGCUUGCGCAACCCUAAGAUCGCGGAUUGGAUUGCCGAGAAAGGUGCCUUCCCCAACGCCAUGGUCGACCGCAUCACCCCUCAGACAUCAGAAUCGGACAAAAAGGUACUGGCGGAGGACUUUGGAAUCCAGGACGCCUGGCCCGUCGUCACAGAGCCCUUUAUGCAAUGGGUUAUAGAGGAUGAGUUUUCCAACGGCCGUCCAGAUUUUGAGAAGGUCGGUGUCCAGGUCGUCAAGAACGUCCACGACGUCGAGCAGUUUGAGAAGCACAAGCUCCGUCUGCUCAACGGCAGCCACUCGGCUAUCGGUUACCCAGGCCAAAUGGCAGGCUUCGAAUAUGUCCACGAAGUUAUGCAGAAUCCGCAGUUGCGCAAGUUGGUGUGGGAGAUGAUGCAAGAGGAGGUGAAGCCCCUAUUGCCGGAAAUUCCAGGCGUCAACAUUGACGAGUAUUGCAAAACGCUCAUGAAGCGUUUCUCCAACUCGACAAUCAAGGACCAGCUGCCCCGCGUCUGCCUCAAUGCCUCCGGCAAGAUCCCACAGUUCAUCAUGCCGUCGAUUGCCGAGGCGAUUAUGGAGAGUAAGAAGGAGCAACGUGAAUAUCCUUUCCGCCGCCUGUGUUUCGUUGCGGCCGCUUGGUUCUUGUACAUUAAAGGCGUCGAUGACCACGGCAAAACCUUUACAGUCGUGGACCCUAUGCUGGACGAGCUCCUGGCUGCGGCUCAGGCCGACGAUGGCGGCCCCAGCGGGCUGCUGGAAAUCAAGAACCUCUUCGGCGAUGACUUGCGCGGAUAUCCCAGGUUCACUAACGAGAUUCAACAGGCCAUGAAAGACAUUGCUGAAAAAGGCGUCUUGGAAACACUCAAAGAGUAUUUCCCCGAGGACGCCAACUAA